UGUCUUCUCAUUGGCCAAAGGGUUUGCUUAUUGCUGACCUGCUGCUUCCUUUCAGCGCAUUCAGUCUCUCUCCCUUCUCAGUAGCUUCCUGAGAGGGGCUCUCUAAGCAGGGGAAAUGAAGUCACUGCUGUCGGCUGUCUUGGUGCUGACCUUUUUUGAUCUAAGAGCAGCAGAUGACCGAAAGCAUUCUCCCUGCAGCAACCCCCUCGGGGACUCGGGCCCAGUCUCGGAGACGACCUUCUCUGCUACAGCCCCCCGCUUCAACGCUGAGGAAGCCUAUUCUGCCCAUAUGCCUGAGCACCUUCAAUGUGAUGCCUGCAGAGCGAUAGCCUUCCAGAUGCAGAAAUACCUGACAAAAGCAGAAUCCAAACGGUCGUCUGCUAAAGCUCCGGCCGCUCGCCUCAGCGAGUCUGAAUAUGUGGACACACUGGAGAACAGCUGCUCGCAGAGCUGGGAAAGCUAUGGAGUGAAAGAAGUGGGGGGAGUGAAACGCUUCGCAGGGCCUGGCCUGAAGAGCCAGGAGACCAUGAGUGUCAUGAUGACAGGUGGACCAUGGCCAGCAAGGUUAUAUAAGCUGUGCCACAGCUACCUGGGUGAAUUUGGGGAAGAGCAGAUCUACGAGGAGUACCGACGCAGGCCGGCUGCCUUGGCAGAGUUCCUGUGCGCCGAAGAGCAGAGAACCUGUACAAGACUUCGCAACACCAAGGGCAAAAGCCUAAACAAAGCGAAGGCUCUGCAGAGUGAGCUGUAGUUCUGCUCCCGCUCAGGCAAGAUUGGCAAGUAGGGCUAAGCUGACGAGUGUGUUCCAUCAGCCUGGCUUCUGCCAAGGCAGAUUGGCCAUCAAAGGAGACCAAUGUGAUGGUUCUGGGCUUUACCCAAAAAAGAAAUGCUUCCAGGCUCUUUUACAUCGUUGCUAUUGCUUAAAAAAGAUCAAUCCCUGUAGCCUCGCAGGGCUGACAGGCAACCCAAUAAUAACAAACCACCAUGUACAUCCGGGCAACCCAAUAAUAACAAACCACCAUGUGCAUCCGGGCAACCCAAUAAUAACAAACCACCGUGUACAUCCGGGCAACCCAAUAAUAACAAACCACCGUGUACCUCCGGGCAACCCAAUAAUAACAAACCAAAAUAUACAGUCAGGCAACCAAAUAACAACAACCCAAUAUGUAAAUCCAGGCAACCCUAUCAUAACAAAACGACACGUACAGUCAGGCAGCUUUAUAAGAAUAAAAUUAUAUUCUUAGCCCAGCAAUUAUUUAUUGGCAACCCUAAAAUAAACCAACACACAUAUAUAAUUACACAUCAUAUAUCAAUCCAAUGCCAGAAACACAUGGUGGCAGAUCCUCAGUGUAAAUUAUCAUAGCUUCAGCGAAGUCUGUUGGAGCUGGGCUGUAGUCAAUGGCACUCUGACAAUUUCCACCUGCUGAGGCUCUGCCCAUUAGAUCUCAUAUAAGCUCAGUAUACUGAAAUAGUUACAUCCAGCCUGCUUUUUAGAAGCCCCAACUCCUCACAGGUCCCUUUGACUUCCUUUCCCACAUUGAGGCAUGGGGCAUAUGUAGGUUUGCUGUUGAAUUCCUCAGGUUUCUAGCUGUACAUUCUAUAAAUAAUGCAUUUUACUAACUAUAUGAGUAUAAAUCAAUGGCCCAUCAUUUCCCACUGUAUCUCACAUCUUUAAGUCAUUCUCAGAAGGUCAUUUCAAUGAUCAUCAACCCUAUGGCGCCCAUGGUGCAAAUACGUGUUUCAGGUGGUUUGAAAAAUCUCUUUCUAGGCUGUUCCCUCAUAUGGGCUAGUGCCCAUUGCCUGGCAAUGCUAAGGUGUCUCCUCCAUCACCCUAACUGAGCACAAGGGCAUUGAUGGCUUAAGUCAGUGUGGAAACUUUCUGUCUUUGUUUAGGUGGAGGGGUUUUAAGUGCAUUUGGGGGCCUUUUACUUACUGUAUGAUCAAUUGUUUUCCCUUGGCUAUUCUUCCCCUGUUAUUUCUAUCUAAUUUUAGGCUGCCUGUCUUUUGCUCAUCACCUGUGGGCUCAACAGGUAACCCUGCUGCCCUAUCUUCCCAGCACUUAGGGACCUUUCAACCCUUUUCCACCUAACUUCAUUCACUUCUUCCUUCACAGUGGGAUUUUUCUGACAGCGAGAGUCAUUCCUUUGCAAUGUUUCCAAUUAUUAGCUGCUUCCUUUUGUGGCUCACAGACCUGCAGUCUGAUGAGCAGGCUGUGCAUUUAAUACUUUGUUCUGAUCCUGUUCUAGGUUCCUGCUUUACAUUGUUAAGUUCUAGCUGGCCGAGUGUCUGGGCUGAAUGGCGCUGUUAUUUCAGGGGAUGGUUUGUUUUAUAAAACAUGAUGGCCUGAAAACUGGUUUAUUUUGCCACAGAAAAAUACAAUGAAAAUUAAAGAAAACUUGAAAAUGUUGACAUUGCAUUGAAAAAUCAAAAAAGUUUGUCUGAAAAGCAAAAAGUGUUUGGUUUUCAGUUUUUCAAUGAAAACUCAAAAUAUCCCAGGGAAAGCAGCCACUUUUGGGGAAAAAAUUUAUUGAGUUGAAAACUCAAUUUUCUGUCAAAAACCUGCUGAGAUCAAAAAAUUUUGACCAGCCCUACUCAUGGGCCUGGCUUAGUAAAAGGCUCAGGACAGUGGGAGCUGAGCACUCUGGGAGAUCUGGCCUGAUCUUGUGUAGUGCUGAGCACGUCCUGAGACAGCAUUCUUCAGCUCUGAUUACUGUCAGUAGGAGUUGGAGGCACUUAGCACCUGGCUGGAUCAGUCCCUGCUUGUGUGUGUUCAGGCAUUUGUGGAAAUGUUCACAAGUGCUGAAAGUUUUCCCAGCUUAGCAAAGAGCGUGCUCGUCUGUAAAGCAUGUUGUUCGUUAGCCUUUCAUGUAACAACUUUUAAUGAGUCAACCAUUUGCAGCUGAUUAAAAUGGUUCAUUCUUCCAA